AUGUAUAUAUUAGAUCGUCGUGAAAUUAAUCGAAAUUUAGCUAAACAAUUAAAAGAGAAAUUAAAUUUUGAUGAUAGUAAUGAUAUUGAUCGUUCCGAAGAACAACAAAAGCAGAACGAACAAUUUGAUUCUUCUUUGACGACCAAUAACCACCAUGAGAGAGAUGCUUUUGGAAUGGAAAAUAUAUUUGAACAAAUGCAAAGAUAUAAAGAAGAAGCUGAUCAAUUGACAGGUGAUGAACGAAAACAAUAUGCUGAAAAGGUAAUAUUAUCACUUUGGAAAAAUAUUGGUGAAGAUGAUGAAGAUGAAAGUGAUAAUGAUGAUGAAAAUUAA